AUGAUUGGACCCUACAUACCUCUAUUAGUAUAUAAAGACCAUUCCUUGAGGGCAGUAUGGGGAUUUUUAUGUGGUCUAGUGUUUAUAGUACUUAUUUGCAGUUAUAGCGGACUUUUAGCGUAUGCUCGUUAUUACGAAUGCGAUCCGUUAAACUCUAAGCUUGCAUUAGCUAAGGAUCAAUUGCUACCGUUACUAGUGAUGGACGUGUGUGAAGCAGAGUGGAGAGGUAUGCCCGGGAUAUUCGUGGCUGGAGUGUUUAGUGCGGCUUUGAGCUCAUUAUCUACUGGACUAAAUUCAAUGGCAGCAGUCGUUUUGGAAGAUUUUUGGAAACCAUUUUUAAGAAAGCUGAGUCAGAAACAAACUCAAAUACUUGUGAGAUUGGUGGUUGUUGUUCUUGGCUGUAUUUGUGUUGCGUUAGUGUUUGUGGUGGAAAAAUUAGGAUCGGUAUUGCAGCUAACUAUGAGCUUAUCCUCCGCAUCCAUGGGAUCACUCUCCGGGAUAUUCCUUAUGGGACUACUUCUACCUUUUAUUGAUGGCACCAGUGCACUAAGUGGUGGGAUUGUGGGUUUGCUGUGUGCGUGGUGGGUCGCGGUUCAUUCCCAGCUAGUGCAAGCGCAAGGAUUAUUAACCUUUAACGAAAAAGAAAGAUACACAUUCAACUGUUCCUACACUUUUGUGCCAACACAAAAUGGACAUACCGAAGGGGAAGUGCCAUUUCUGUAUAGAAUUUCCUAUCUAUGGUUAACAGCUUUCGGAUGUAUGGUCACUGUUACAGUAGCCUGUUUAGUCAGUUUAAGGUCUUCCUCAAAAAAACAAUAUGAACUCAGACUAUUUGCACCAUUUCUAAGACCAUGGCUUCUUCGAAAAAAUAAGGUUAUACCUCAUAACAUGGAUUUGAAAAUGUCAGCGACG